AGCAUUGCAAGCAAACGCAUACGCCAACGUUGACUAAGUUAAUCAAUUCUGAUAAUGUUGCCAGUUAUAUAACUACAUAUCGUUGCACUUUCACUCAGCGAGCGUAUUGCACAGUUUGUCCGCCCAGCAGGGCGCUAUCUUUCCUAUUUCUGACAGUCAUUUUGUGUUGUAGGCGAUCUGAAAUGCUCGGUGUGUGGUUUUAAACCCUUUAAUUGUGAGGGAUAUUCUAUCAGUUCCUUGAAGUUCCUUGCUGCAACUGGAGAGUGAUUAUACACGACGUCAACAAAGCGAUUGUUAAGAUUUUUUAGUGAGGGACGGUGGCUGAAACUAACGUUGCCAUAUUCGAACACUCGUUUUGCUUGUGUGCGCGCUCAUGUGAUAUGUUUUUUCCCCUUUUCUUUCUUGUGUACUGUAGCUAUAUUAGUGGGGGAGGGCGACACUCGUUGCACUUUGACUGACGCUCAGGGUUAGUGGCUUAGAUUGUACUUGCCAAACUGGAUUUUCUCCCAUCUGCUUUGGGGUGUGUUCGCGUUUGCAAUGGGGGAAGUGGUCUUAAGUCACGUUCAAUAUACUUAACGGCAAGCUAACGGUAAUUGUAUCGCAGUUUGUCAACGCUGCCAGUGCAUGUCAAUUAUUCCAACAUUUACAAAUGGCAUUUUUGAGAGUUUUGAGAGCAUUUUGGAAGGAUUGUUUGGGUCAAGGCUGAUAGAGGACCUUCGAUUAUUUAAAGAUUGUCAGCCUGAAGGUGUGUCAGAUUGGUCAUUUGAUGAAAAUUGUCUUUUCUGCUGCUUAAGACGAGAGAAAGUCAAGGAACACUUACUUGGCCUGAACAACGACAGUUUGGGCAGUGUGGCAAGACCAUUGUCCUUCAUUAAAGAUCAAUUCAAUAUCAACAACCUUGAGAGGGAAGCAGAGGAAUUCCUCAAUGCAGUCUUGCACAGGAAAGACAUCCCAAGCUUCUCAGACCCGGACAUUCCUGUAGUGGCUCGUGAAAUAAUGCAGCGAAUGAUCCGUCAGUUCGCUGCCGAAUAUACCUCAAAAACAAGCUCUGCUCAGGGCACACCCCAGCCCAACGGCACCUCGGACCAAAGCCUGCUGACCACACGCUCCCAAACACCGGCUCCCGCGGCUCCUGCUGCUCCCGCUCUGGCCGGCCUCACAUCGGCCAGGAACCCUGUCCUCAGCCAGCUUCUUAUGGCGGAACAGGAAGCUCCCCUCGACCUCACAGUCAAGAGGCCCGACAUCAUUGUCUGUGAGCAAGAUGGUGUCCUUGAUCUCUCAACCAAGAAAAACCGGAACAGAGGAGCUGUAUCAGUCAGAACCCCUGCUGCUCCUUUGGUUAAGGGUGACUCUCACAACCUGGGUCUUGCUUAUGCAAGAGAUCAACAGUCCACGUCUGAUCUAGAACGAUUUAUGGCCAAGCUUUGUUUGCAUCAUCAGCGUCAGAUUGUUGAUGCACUGGGAUAUUUGGAGACUGAAGUCAAGGCUUCAACCAGUGUUUCACAUGUGUCUGUAAGAGCAGUCCCAGAGGAACAGACACCUGUGAGUGCUGGUCAGGAACGCUCAGAGACCCAACAUCCUGAGAGAACGCUUGUACUUUCCUCCAAAGCCAGAUGCAAAGCAGAGUUGUUGGAAUCAGCAAUUCAGGGGAACAGCAAAAAGGUAGCAUUAAAAAAAGACACUUACUUUCCUGAUUCACACAGUGUGAGUGGGAGUUCACUUUUGGAUCUUCGUAAAGAUGGGAUCGAGGGUGGCAACAUUUUGUCAUCUCUUCUUACUAGUUCAAAUGAAUAUGAAACUGUAAGCCGCCAAUAUCAGUCAACCCAUGGACUUAGUAGUACCAACUCUGUACGUCAAUCAAAAGCUAAAGACAAGAUGUCAAGCAGUCAUCUCUCUAUUGACUCUUUAGAAGAACAGCAGUGUGCAUCUGACACUGUACUACAGUGUACAACAAGUAGCAGUGAAUUAGAGGUCAUUGGAGUGUCCCCAUCUUAUGAUGGGCAUGAAUUCUCAGAACAUCUGCAACACUCCAAUCAAGGUUUUCCAGGACAAACCAAAGAUAUCCCAACCCGGCAACCACUAGUCCUGAGGCCUAACACACCCAGAACAGCUAGAAAGAGCAGACGAGGAUCCUUCCCUCGAACAAAGGAUGGUUCUGUUUGUCGCAUUGAUCCUGAUAGUCAUUGUGACAUUGUUUAUAUUGGGAAAUCAAUUACAGAGUGUCAGUUAGAGCCUUUGAACCGAAUGUUACCACGACGGAAUGCCAGGAAGAGCAUAAGAGGGCACAUGUCAACUGAAGAUUACCUGGAACUCCGAACUGUAAGAACACUGGCCAGGAAAUCGGCAGAAAAUGGAAGUGGCAAUUGUCCUGCACCAAUGCCCAUCAUCACAUUAGUCACUCCAAAACAGGCCCUUGCCAAGCCUGAUGGUGUCCCCCCAGUGGACAUGCCAUUUGCAGGAGGUUGUGGGGAAUCCAUACAGCAGACGACGCCAUCAGAGACCUCAGCAGAGAAUGAAAUGCUUGGUGAUGUGUUGAGCAAUGUGAAUGAUGUAGAUGUGAUUGUAGAAACAAGUCAGACAGGUCAGACAACAUACCAAGACAAGGUAGAAGCUUACUCUGAAAUGUCAGCACCAGCAGCAGCUCAGAAAAGCAGUCUGUCUGAACAAGAUGAGGUUUUAUGCACUGCAGAGCCACUUUCCGAGCAGUCAAUGGAGCUACCUGCUAGAGAUGAUCUAAACAAGGCAGAUAUUGCACCAAUUAGUGAAAAUGCUGAAAAUGUAGAGCCAGUGUUGGAGAUGACUAAAGAAGAUCCACCGUGUGAGCAGUCCCCUGAGCCACUUUCUGUUUCAGAAGACAUUGAUGUUGAGCCCUGUGGCGGGAAUGAAUUGCCAUCCGUUGCACAGGAAGAUGACCUCAAUUUGAAAGAUAAAGAAACUAAUAACGAGUUGAUGGAUAAGAAUACUGACCUAGACAUUUCAGCUGAACCAGAAGGACAUUCUGAAACUUCAGCAUUAGAGAAACAGACUGACAACGUCACUCAAAAUUAUGAGGUGUUAGAUGAACAAUCUGGCAUUGAAACAGAAUUGAACAUUGUCCUUAGCAGCGAUGAAACCGAGAAAGAAGUAGUUGAUGAGCCCUCUAGUGAAUAUACUUGCUCAGAUACUCCCCCAGAAACAUAUAUGGACAAAGAAGUGUUGAGAGAGGUUUUGAGUUCACCAGAGAGUAAAAAACAGAAAAAACGCAGAAAUGUAAGGACCUUUGGCAGCUCUGACAGACGAUUGCGCAGUAGGGCCUCUGGUGUUGAAGAAAUAUCCGUGACCCCUGAGAAAAACGAUCAGACCGCAUUAGCACAAGUCUCUGAUUCUGUUACUGAAGAAGCCAAGACUCCUGAGACAAAGCGCCCUUUGAGAUCUGUUAAGGCAAAACCAUUAGAAAGUGAUGUAUCUAACAGUGAAGCUCAGCACAGUGAAGUGGUCGGUAAAGAACAAACACAACAGUCUAACAUUCAUCAAUUUGACAAAACAGCUGAUUUGAGUCCAUGUGAGAACCCAAUAGCAGAUCACGUGGUGCAGACUAGAAAGAUGCUUAGGUCAAUGCAGGCAAGGCAGGCACUUGAUGAUGAAGGAGAACAGAAGGCAGUUCCUCCAUUAUCAAACGUUACUGAUGCUCCGAUUUCAUCAUCCAAGGAGCUAAAAGAGAAGGACGUGCCUGCAGAGAAGGACGUGCCUGCAGAGAAGGACGUGCCUGCAGAGAAGGACGUGCCUGAGGACGUGCCUGCAGAGAAGGACGUGCCUGCAGAGAAGGACGUGCCUGCAGAGAAGGACGUGCCUGAGGACGUGCCUGCAGAGAAGGACGUGCCUGAGGACGUGCCUGCAGAAAAAGAUGUGCUUGCAGAGAAGGACAUGCUUGCAGAGACAGACAAGUCACUUUCAGAAAAGUCUGAACAGACACAACUGCAAGAUUCACAUGCCUAUGACCCUCCCAGUAAAGAUAGUCUUAUGGAACCAGUUAGUCUUCAGUCAGACCCAUCUCUUGUGACUACCCCUACUAGAGUCUCAGCACGUAUGCCUUUGAGAAGCAGGAGUGGCCCUGUGGAAGGCAGUAAGAAUCAACCUAUUGCAAAAUCUUCUAUGGAAAAGUCUGGACACAUGCCUCUAAGAAGUGCAGGUACCAUUGUAACUGAGGAAACACCUGGGGAUUCCCAAAGUACCCCUACAAAUUCUGAAGAAAAAUCAAGGCACAUGCCAUUGAGGAGCCGAAGUCAAGGUGUUGAUAGUGAUGGCAGUUCUUCCACUGGAAAUCCCGCUGAGAAUUCUGGGCGUAUGCCCUUGAGAAGUAGCAGCGCUAAUACAGCCCCCCAGCCCAUGAGCCCCACAACCUCACCAAGGGACAAAAAAGCUCAGAGAUCUCCCAGACCAACUAAAUCUGGGGCUGUUUCGUCAGAUUCUGAACAGAACCUUACAGGCUCCCCUCCUAAACUUAGAACUGAAAAGAUUAAGCAGGGUCCAAUAAAGGAACCUGUUAAGCCUGUCAUUUUACCUAGUAUUCCAAACCCUGGGCCUGUAGUACCAAAUCCCCCAAAGUUCUUGGAGGCCCUUAGAGGAGAAGAAAACCAACAGCUAAUCAUGAACCUGAACACCAAGUUUGAUAAAAUGCAAAAAGGAUGGGUCCAUGUGGACAAAGAGGGGCCCCAAACACACAGAUCAAGGAACAAAGCAGACAGACUGAAAGACAUCUGGAAGAGCAAGCGAAGAAUUCGAAAACCCAGAACAUUAGAGGCACAUAAAUUUUCCCCUGUACAGAUGCUUUUUAUGAAAUCUUUUGAUUUGCCAAGCAUCUGUCGCUGGUUCUUGCAGACCACAGAAACAAAGUCCCUUGUCAUUGUUAAAAAGGUAAACACUCGACUUCCAUCUGAGACGCAGCUAUGCUUUCACAGUUCGUCCUCUAUGGCAGGGACGUCACAUGGUGUACAUAUGCAGGCUGAGCGUUUGAAGAAACACCUGAAAAAGUUUGCCAUUGCCUCCCCAGUCAAGAGCAAUGCUAAGAGUCAAAAGCUUAUUGCCGAGGCAUUGGAACUAGAACCUGUUUGCAUAAAAAGUAAAGAAAAAAGGCAGUUAACCACUGCUACUCGGAUGUCCACCAAGCCUCAGAGUUUCAGGGGUGUUGCGCAGUCUGCUGACGGGCAGAAGACCUCAGGUGCUGUGAAAAAUCCAACUAGUGCCAGGAUUCUGAGGAAGUACUCCCAUAUACGGGAGAAAAUGCAAGGACAGCAGAAUUCAAAGAAACUCAAAGACCAGAAGGCUGAACCUCACAAAGGGGCAUCCAAGCAGAAGUUGCCCUCAGCAAGCCAGCAGAAACUGGCACUUUCAAAGAGAAAUGGGGGUAAAGACUCAAAUGUUUCAAAGAAAGAAAAGGCACAGCAGUCCCCCAUGAAUAAAAAGAGUGCAACAAGGCCUACUGGUAAAGAAAAGGUCACAAAGACAACCAGCACAAAAGCAUUGAAGGAACCUGCCCGUAAAGAUGGUCCUGCACCAAAGAGGCCUCAGCAGACAUCAAUGUCCCCCAAACCACAGAGGACCGCUUCGGCUACAGUUGGGAGUCCAAAAGGUAGCACAAACAAAAAAGAGAAUUCAUCUGGUGAAAAAUCUUUGCAAACUGCAACCAGUGACUCUAAGGCAGAUGCAAGGAAGCAAACACCUACUAAAGCCUUUGUGAGUUUGGUCUCCCCUACACAGAGUCCUGAGCCAUCAGUCUCACAAGACCAAGUGCUGACAAGGUCUCAGAGGAAAAUUGAGGCUGCACAGCGCCUGAGCGAGUCUCCCAAGUCUGCUACCAAGAGAGCCCAAGAACCUGUUGUAACUCCUGUGAAACGUACUAGGACAUCUCUCUUGAAAACAAAUUGAAAAAUGGAGACAGACUGCCGUUUUGGGAAGUAUUGGUGACCGCUCUUAGACUGAGGACCGAGAUAAGUCAUGCAGUAUAUGUACCUUCAAAGUUUGCUCAUAAAUUCUUUUUUGUCCCUAUUAAAUGGGUGGGCAAGACAUGCUUGAAGUUUUUUUAAUAUAUAUAAAUAAAGAGAGAAAGAGAGAGAUACAAGUAGAGAGGAAAAAGCAACAACUUGGCAAUGAUUUUGCAAAGUUAUGAAGAUGUAAAUAUGGAAAAGAGUUAUUUAAAUUCAAUUUUGCCAUUUUGAUGCUGAAUGUUUUUGUGAUGUUCCCAUAUAAACAAUGUGACCUGCUGCUGAGGGGCAUACUCCUCUAUCCCCCUAGAGCCGUGUAGCGCUUGCAAGUUAGGGCUGCACAUGUACAUUUGGUAGGCUUUAAGAAGAUUCUUAUUUACAUUUAUAAACCAUUUACACAUGGUUUUUAUUGGUUUUGUCGCAUGUCAGUUGAAUGACAUACAUAUCAUCAAACAUAAAAAAGCCAUGACUGAACAGUUAAUGAAAUGAGAAUUCAUGAUGAGUGACUGAUGCAGGACAAUUUUUUUUUUAGUGAUCGGUGCUUGCAUUUUAACUGUCACCUGCAUCUUUUCAUGGUAACAUUUGCAGUCCUACUGGCAAGCAGUGGUUGUGUGGGAAUUGGAUCAGGUGCCUUAUUUGUCAGUGUGAUGUGGUAGACUAUUCCUGGAUAGAGAGCCUCACUUCUUGGCCUGUUGUGCAGACAUGUACUGUAGGGAGCCCAAGGUUAUUCUCAUGCACAGCCUUGUUGUUUUCCUGUAUUUGCGCCCCCCACCCCCCACCCCCAUAUGUUUUAAUCAUAACUCUUUACAAACAUGGAUAAAAUCAUUGUUUAACUUAUGACCUUUACCAUGGAUGCAUUUCUUCCAGUGUUUUUUUUUUUUUUUUUGUGUGAACAGUAAAGCAAGCAUUAACUGUAGAUUGUGUUUUAUAUUAGAUUAUAGAUGGAGUUAUUUGACAGUGGUUACAUUUUGACUCGUAUGUUUUUUGACCUCAGAUUGUUAAACCUUGGCAAUAAGUACAUCAUCCUUAAACAACCCCUCCCGUCCAUACUCUUGGUCCAUCUGAGAAAGUAAUAAAAAUGAAAACGAAUAAAAAAAUAAAAGCUUGCACACUUUUUCCUUGUAAGUAGGGCACACUUAAGCAUUCUAAUUUCCCCCAAAUUACAGGCUUGGUAUCAUUAUUCAGAAAGCAUUAUUAUACCCUAUUUUUGGAGCUCUUCACAUAAAAUGAAGUGUCAUUGUGUCAGCAGCAUUAAUGUACUGUCUCUCUCUCACUUAAAUUCUACAGCAUUGUGGUUUUGCUGAAAAUGCUUUUCAUUUGCUCAUUUAAGCCACUGAAGCUGUUUUUGUAAUACAAAAAGCUGUAGCAUUUUGCUUGAUUGUGCAUGCAGUCUUUUGUAAGGCAGCCCAACACAGUUUCAUAAUUUUACUUUUGGACAUCCCCAGGUUUUCUUAAGUCCAAUUUAUAAUGCUAUGCAUGUACAGACCUACCAUGGUAAGCUGAAUUCUACCAAUUCUAUUCAUUUAAGAUGUAAGAUAUGGUCCAGAACAUUGAUAAUGUACAAAUUUCUUUGAAGAUGGUUCACUAAGGACACUUGUUAAACACCACAUUUUGUGCCAGAAAGUUUUUUGCCAUUCCCCAGUGGUUAUGUGUUAAGUUAUUUAGAGUUCUAAUUUAAUUUUUUGCUGUAACAAAUAUGAACUAUAGAUUGCUUGCAGACAAAUAUGCUAUCAAAUACUUUGAUUCUAUGACGUUCUUUCAGGCGAGUAAAAUGUGUGCUCAGUCCGUAUCUGUUUAUUUUCCUUUUAAAGAGCACCAACCUUUCACGGCUACGUAUUUAUUUAGGAGAAUUGUUGUUGCUAAACAAAUUACCAUUAUUUCCUGUUCAAAAGGUAUCAUUCAGUAUUUCCUGAAAUAACAUUUCAGAGUAUUUGGAAACAUGUAUGUAUUUUGUAUUUUGGGGAACAAAUGUAUUGUACUAUUUUCAUCAGUAGCCUGGUCUCUGUAUCCAUACUUUGGGAAAAUAAAUAAAUAGCACAGUACUGUC